UCCAUCAGACUUCGAACAGUACUCUAGCGAUCUUUGGUCUAUUAAAUCGUACAGAAGCAUUCCCCGGCCGAUAAGAAAUUUCUGCUUUCGGCAACUGAAGUUCUUGGCCUCAGUCGCGGGUUCAAAACACGUCAACCUAAUCCAAGCCCAGUCUCGGACAUCCCAAAACACGCUCCUCAUCAAAGAUAACUGCUUGGAUGAGUUGCAGCGUAAUGGCAUUGCAAAACAAGAGGUAAAACUAAGGGUUGUCCGCCCUGACGCCGUCCACCUUGGCACGGAGGCACCUUCAGCAGAGCAACCCAAUGGGCAGGGAACAGGGAACGCUGGGCAGGGUAAGGCCGAUGACAGUGGCACCGGUGAACGGCGAAAAAGAUAUCUCGUUUCCAGAACCGCUGCCAGAUAUGCUCCCUGUCCAUACUCUGCUGUUUGACCAUGCCGUCAAGUUGUUGAAGGAAUACCAAAGUCAAAAUCCUCAAGAAAAAGACAUCAUUCUCGUCAAAGACGCUCAGGUAGUCAUGUCAUGUACCCUGAAUACCAUGUCAAUGAGGGCCUGCCAGCACUUUGAGGAACUGGAUGAUAAGGAUCUAUUUGAGACUGUGAAGUCUUUAAGCGUCAUUGAUGGAUUCGAGAAGCAUGGAUGCACCGCCAUCAUUCAAAAGUACAGCUCCAUCCUUGCAAAGAAAGGCGUGGCUAAUCUCAAGAAGAGGCUGAUCAUCGACCGAGGAGCCAUAAACAGCAAGUACGUUGAUGUCGCGGACCUACGCUUGUUCAGAGUCAGGAUGAUCUUUUUCUAAGCAAGGCAGAUACGGAAAAAUAGCAUCAAGUAAUCAAGUGUCAAGAGAGAGGCGUCAGGAUGAGCUUAGGGCUAUAUUCGAGUUGCUAGAUAAGGA